GGGCUGGCGCUGCUCGAGCUCGGUGCGCAGGACGCCGGAUACCCCCGACCAGCCCCCGCGGCCCCGCACAUCUACCGACGGCAGCGCGGGCAGCCUCUCCCGUGCCCCCGAAGGACUUCCUCCCCGUGUAAGGGAGGGCGACAGACUAGGGGGGCAGCAAGCCAGGGGCCCCUUGUGCCUGUCCGGGCGGCGGCGCGCCGGGGCAGUGCCAUGCUGCUCUCCGUCCUGGCGGCGCUGUGCCUGGGGCUGCGCCUGGCGCUCGGCGUCCGCGGCGCGCCCUGCGAGGCGGUGCGCAUCCCCAUGUGCCGGCACAUGCCCUGGAACAUCACGCGGAUGCCCAACCACCUGCACCACAGCACGCAGGAGAACGCCAUCCUAGCCAUCGAGCAGUACGAGGAGCUGGUGGACGUGAACUGUAGCUCGGUGCUGCGCUUCUUCCUCUGCGCCAUGUACGCGCCCAUCUGCACGCUGGAGUUCCUGCACGACCCCAUCAAGCCGUGCAAGUCGGUGUGCCAGCGCGCGCGCGACGACUGCGAGCCCCUCAUGAAGAUGUACAACCACAGCUGGCCCGAGAGCCUGGCCUGCGACGAGCUGCCUGUCUACGAUCGCGGCGUGUGCAUCUCGCCGGAAGCCAUCGUCACCGACCUCCCCGAGGAUGCUAAGUGGAUAGACAUCACACCAGACAUGAUGGUUCAGGAAAGGCCUCUGGAUGUGGACUGUAAACGCCUAAGCCCUGACCGGUGCAAGUGCAAGAAGGUGAAGCCCACUCUGGCGACAUAUCUGAGCAAAAACUACAGCUACGUCAUUCACGCCAAGAUAAAAGCUGUGCAGAGGAGCGGCUGUAACGAAGUGACCACCGUGGUGGACGUGAAAGAGAUCUUCAAGUCCUUGUCCCCCAUCCCACGAACGCAGGUCCCGCUCAUCACCAAUUCUUCCUGCCAGUGCCCUCACAUCCUGCCCCACCAAGACGUUCUCAUCAUGUGUUACGAGUGGCGUUCCAGGAUGAUGCUUCUUGAAAACUGUUUAGUUGAAAAAUGGAGAGAUCAACUCAGUAAAAGAUCCAUACAGUGGGAAGAGAGGCUGCAGGAACAGCGCAGGACUGUUCAGGACAAGAAGCGAACAGCCGGGCGGACCAGUCGUAGCAACACCCCGAAACCAAAGGGAAAGCCGCCCGCUCCCAAGCCAGCCACCCCCAAGAAGACCAUUAAAGCUAGAAGUGCCCAAAAGAGAACAAACCCAAAAAGAGCGUGAGCCUGCUGCUUUCUGGAACUGCCUCCCAGGAUGAGGCCAGGUGCCGCCCAGCCUGGGGGAGGGCCCGCUCCCCUUACCUUAACAACUACAGCGCUCCCCAUACACACAUCUUGCGGCAUUUUUCUUAAUGAUCUGCUUCCAUUUUUCUUUUCAAGCCACCACAAACCGUAGUGGUAGGUAUGUCCUUUGGUGUGGAAGGUAUAUGAAAGCUGAACGCGGGUGGACAAAGCUGCUCGCGGCAUGCAGAGUGGCCUUCGCGGUGCCUACCCUGGGAGAUCUCUGUGUGUGGGAAAGACGCUUUGGUUCUUACAUUUGACCUAAUAUGUGCAUUGGAAAAUAAAUGCCAUAUUACAAACAAAACACCCAUUUUUUUUUUUUUUUUUACGAUAUGUUUUAUUUCGGUUUGACUUGUGUUGUUAGAAGGUUCAUGAUAUUUUAAGAUGGGAUUGGAAAUACAAUGAUUCUAAGGAGGAAAGUGGAAAAACUGAAUGUCCCAAAGAGCCUUAUGUGUUUGUUGUUUGAGGAAGAAUUUCAUUUCAUUGUGAUAAAAGGGAAUUUUUGAAUAACUUAGAAAAGCAGAAUGUGGAAAAUUUUAUUUUAUUUUAUUUUACAAAGAACCCCUUUAGCUCAUUUUUAGCCAGAAACUUUGGAAACUAAAAAAAUAAUAAUGAUAACUAAGGCAAUAAAAGGGAAAGGCAGGCACAGUGCAUCUGGAUUCUUGUUUCCCGGCUGCCAUGCCGUGGGUGGAAAGGUGCUGAAUUCACUUUCAUGAUGCUUCUCAUUAGCAAUGCUUAUGUAGCACCAGAAACAAGAGUUCAUUUCUCCUAUUAUGAUUCAUGUACCAGUAACUCAACCCCCAGAGAAUUUCACAUCCGUGGACGUGGUGCUCAUGUCAUCUCCCAGGACAUCCCAGGUACCUUGAUGCCAAGCCUGAGAAAAUUUUCUGUCUGCAGAUAGCCGGUGCCUGCAAAGGUGCCAUGGGCCCAAUGAGGAGGCAGGGGUGGGGCGGGGGGUUGGGGACCAGGACUCCAAAGUCCCUGGUUCUCAGCUGACGCUGGUACCCCAGCCACACACCAGCUCUGUGCUCAGAAAGGCAACUAUAGUCACUUCUCCAUUCGAGGGGGUGGAGGAACAAUCUGAAAGCUGAAGUAUAAUAUCUCCUUUAGCCUUCCCAAUGUCCCUGCAUCCCACAGAAGGCGGGAAGUGAUAUGUCGUGCUCACACAAGAUCAUUAGACACACAAUCUCAUCUCUGUAGCCAUCGGGACACCGAAGAGAGUGGGUUGUGUAAACCAGGAGAAAGUGGAGAAAUGGGGUUAAUAAGAAUGCAGGCAAGGGCUGCCCUCUCCGUUGUCCCCACUGCAGGGUGGUGGAGUUAAAGGAGUCCAGGAGAGGGACCCACACAAAGGUACCAACAGUGUACUAGUGUAUGUUGCUGCUCCAUUAAAGGUCAAACUUCACUGGCCCUUAAGGAAAGCUGGAGAAGGUUCCGCAUAGCACCACACCAAAGAAACCCACCUGAGGCCAUUAUGAGGCAUUGGCAGCCUAGCAUACCUCCUCAGCAUUGUAGGGAUUCUCUGGGAAGGGGAAUCAGAGAUGGAACUUUCCACGGAAGUGGAGACAAAACACACAUGUAAGCAAAAGUCAACAUUUU